GUUCCUUUGCCCUUUGCUUUCACCCAUCCAACUAAAACAUCAAAAAGUCCUUGAAAAUCAUGGAGAUUCCUCCAACACUAAACCAAAUAUAAGAAAAAAAAAUUUACACAAAAGGUUUUAUAUAUUUGCUGCAACUAUAUAAGAUUCAUAUAAGUGCUGCUGUUUCUUUCCUCACAUAUUUGCUGGGAGUUUUUGGGUUUGGAAAAUGGAGCGUUAUGAGAUACUGAAAGAUAUUGGAUCAGGGAACUUUGGUGUUGCUAAGCUGGUUAGGGAUAAAAGGACUGGUGAGCUUUAUGCUGUCAAGUAUAUUGAAAGAGGCCCCAAGAUUGAUGAGCAUGUGCAAAGGGAGAUUAUGAACCAUAGGUCUUUGAAGCAUCCAAAUAUAAUAAAAUUCAAAGAGGUCCUGUUAACACCAACUCAUCUUGCCAUAGUCAUGGAAUAUGCAGCUGGUGGAGAACUUUUUGAAAGAAUAUGCAACGCUGGUAGAUUUGGUGAAGAUGAGGCAAGGUUUUUCUUUCAACAACUGAUAUCAGGAGUGAGUUAUUGCCAUGCAAUGAAAAUUUGUCAUAGAGAUCUUAAGCUGGAAAACACUCUAUUAGAUGGGAGCAGUACACCCAGACUAAAAAUAUGUGACUUCGGCUACUCUAAGUCGAGUGUGUUACAUUCCCAGCCCAAAUCAACUGUAGGAACCCCAGCCUAUAUUGCACCGGAGGUCUUGUCCAAAAAAGAAUAUGAUGGGAAGAUUGCAGAUGUUUGGUCAUGUGGGGUUACUUUGUAUGUCAUGCUGGUUGGCGCUUAUCCUUUUGAAGACCCUCAAGAUCCAAGAAACUUUAGAAAAACAAUUCAGCGGAUUCUGAGUGUCCACUAUUCUAUUCCUGAUUAUGUUCGACUUUCAAAGGAUUGCAGACAUCUCCUAUCAAGGAUUUUUGUAGCAGACCCUGAAAAGAGAAUAACCAUACCAGAAAUCAAGCAGCAUCCCUGGUUUUUAAAGCACUUGCCAAAGGAAUUCAUGGGAGGAGAGGGAGGAAACCUGGAAAAGGAAGAAGAUGAACAGUUUCAAAGUAUUGAAGAAGUGUUGUCUAUAAUUGAAGAGGCUAGAGAACCUGGUGAGGGUCCAAAAAUUGGGAGUCAAUUACUUGGUGGUAGUAUGGAGCUUGAUGACUUAGAUACUGAUGCAGAUAUAGAUGAUAUAGAGACAAGUGGUGAUUUUGUCUGUGCAUUGCAAGUAUGAAUAAUAAUUAAAAACAAAAUAGCAUCAACUUUUCAAACCAA